AUGGGCUGCGCAAUAUCAGGUCUGGCGGCAAAAGCGGAGUUUGGAGAGAGGAAUACAGAGGAUGCUGCCGCUGCUACGCAUCCCAGCGAGGAUCAGAUUCAGAUGAUCAAGGAGUCAUGGAAAGUUAUCCGGGAUGAUAUAGCUAAAGUUGGGAUUAUUAUGUUCGUCAGGUUGUUUGAGACCCAUCCAGAGUGCAAGGAUGUUUUCUUCCUGUUUCGAGAUGUCGAGGACCUAGAGAGGUUGAGGACCAGCCGGGAACUCAGGGCACACGGCUUACGGGUGAUGUCUUUCAUCGAGAAAAGCGUGGCUAGACUAGACCAGCUGGAGAGACUGGAUGCUCUGGCUCUGGAGCUGGGGAAAAGCCAUUAUCAUUACAACGCCCCACCUAAGUACUACAGCUAUGUUGGAGCAGAAUUCAUCUGUGCCGUGCAGCCCAUCCUGAAGGAGAGGUGGACAGCUGAGCUGGAGGAAGCAUGGAAGACCAUGUUCCAGUAUGUGACCAGCCUAAUGAAGCAGGGGUACCAGGAGGAGAGCAUCCGACAGCGCCACCUCACACUCUCCCCUAAGGACAGACCGGAAAAGAGGAACACAGCGCUAUGAGAUGCUUCUUCCUUUAACCACAACUCAAGACUGUUUCUACCAGUGCAGCACAGAAAUGUGUCUCUGUAUAUAGUGUAUU